AUGAAGGUGGCGGCCACUCAGCAGACGGAAUUUGGCGCGCAGCCUGCUUCUCUGAAACGCGAGGGCAAAACAGGUGCUCAGACCUUCGGGCCUGGCUCUGACCUUGCUGGUAGUUUUCUGCAUAUUCGGCUGAUCGAAGUCACCUCCAAGCCUCAUAAGCCUCUUGAACUGUCCCUCAGAACUUACCAGAUACAUCAAGCCCCGGAGUACAAUGCCAUCUCAUACACAUGGGGAGAAAACGGCUUCACAGAAGAGAUCAUCAUCGAUGGCCACCUGAUGACGGUGACUGAGAACUGCCAAUAUGCCUUGAUGCAAGUCAAGGAUCGUUAUCCGUCGCUUCCUAGAAAGCCUGUCUUUAUCUGGAUUGAUUCCAUCUGCAUCAAUCAGGGUGAUAACGACGAGAAGUCAUAUCAAGUUGCCAUGAUGGGCGAUAUAUUUACCAAAGCAUCCAAGGUACUGGCUUGUGUCGGGCCUCAUCAAGAUAACAGCCAAAUAAUUCGCAAUUCCUUGAACAGUAUCAAGACACUGAGUCCGAACCUGUACUACCGGGCGGAAAGAGGGUUUUCAGGCCCCGGAACCGAGGACGAUUAUUUUCUUCACCAGGAUUUUGAGAAUUUUGAAGAACUGUUCCUCCUACAGUCGCAACUUUCAGGCCGUGAGUUCUAUACUCAAUUCAGGCACGCCUUCUCUACUUUUGCCAAUCGGAGAUACUGGAAAGUCUUUGGAUCAUCCAGGAAGUCGUGGCAUCAAACAGAAACAAUGGUCAGUUAG